CCGCCCCGCUCCGUCAAACCGGCGAACCGUCACAGCGCCGGAGAGGCGAGGAGAGCGCGCCCGCUGCUCCCCGGCGCUGCCCGGUGCGGCCCCGUCCAGCCGCCGCGCAAGGAUGCUGGUGAAGGCGGAGGUCCUGGCGCCGCCCGCCGAGGACGAGCUGCUGCUGCUGGGGCUGGGCUCGCCCGCCCCCUCGCCCUCGCUGCCGUCCAGCGCCGAGGAGGAGGAGGAAGAGGAGGAGGAGGAGGAGGAGGAGCUGCGCGCCGCCCCGCCGGCUCGCCCCGUCGAGGCUCCGGGCGGCCGCGGGCUGCGGCGGGCGGAGGGCAAGCGGCGGCCGGGGCGCUCCCGCGGCGCCCCGCGGGCGGCGCGCACGGCGGAGACGGCGCAGCGCAUCAAGCGGAGCCGGCGGCUCAAGGCCAACAACCGCGAGCGCAACCGGAUGCACAACCUGAACGCGGCGCUGGACGCCCUCCGCGACGUGCUGCCCACCUUCCCCGAGGACGCCAAGCUCACCAAGAUCGAGACGCUCCGCUUCGCCCACAACUACAUCUGGGCGCUCACCGAGACCCUGCGGCUGGCCGGGGCGGCGCGGCUGGGCCCCGACGGGGCGGCGGCGGUGCCCGCCGAGGGCAGCCCCUCGCCCGCCUCCUCCUGGAGCGGCGGCGCCGCCAGCCCCGCGCCCUCCGCCUCCCCGUACGCCUGCACUUUAUCGCCCGCCAGCCCCGCGGGCUCCGCCUCGGAUCCCGAGCACUGGCCCGGCCGCUUCGCCCCGGGGCCGCCGCUGCCCCGCCGCUGCCUCUAGCCCGGCCCGGCGCUGCCGGGGCUCCCCCGGGGCGGCGGCGGCAUCUGCCCGCUUCCCAGGGCAGGGCGGGCUGUGGGAACGGCACCUGCCAAACCAAACUUUCCGUCUCUCUCUCUUUCUCUCUCUCUCGCCGAUGUGCACUUUGUCCAGCUUUCCCAGAUCUAUCACCGCGGGGCUUUUGUGUGUGUGUGUCGCCCCCCUUUCCCCGCUCCCCUCUUUGCCAUCUGUCCCUUAUGAUUUAUAGGCGGGGGGGGGGGGGGUGUGCGAAGCGAGGGGGGGGCAAAAAAAAAGUAAAUUGUUUUGUUAGGGGUCCAGGUUAGAAGUCAUUGUAUAAUUUGUAGGCUUUGUGAGGGCUGAAUGCAAGCGUGGAAAUUUGGGCUGAACUCUCUAUCAAAAGGGAAAAAAAAAUCGGGAGGGGGGGAAUGGGGAAGGAUCUCCUCAUACAUUAUUUAUUUCGACCUUUAGGGGACAAGGAACUCCCCCCUUCUUUCAGGAGAUUAAAAAUAAAUCAACAGACUGAAAACCUCAACAGACACGGAACAUUACAGCGAUCAGCCACACACGUGUUCACAUUUAUUUAUUAUAAAGACAGAUUUCAUGGAAAAUAUGUAUUUUUUGUAUAAUUUACAGAGUUUAUUCUAGUAUGUAUUUACAGCUGAAGAGCAAAGGGAUUGUCCUUGUGAUAAAAUAUAAAUAAAAAGCUCUAAUUUUCGUAACUUUGGGGUUUGCUGCUUUUUCUGCGUUAUGUGCCAGCGGCUGGGAAUGUCCUUGUCUCUGGUGAAACCAAGGGCCUGCUGUCACCGGGCCCAUGGUGUUUCUAACGCUGUUUCUUUGGGAAGGAGGGGGAAGUUCGGUGGAAGUUUACUGAUCAUUCACCUUUGGCUCUCAGUACAGAAGAUGCUGACAGCAAACGCGGGAUGGAUGGAUAAAGAGUUAUACACUUCAGGCCGAUGGAUUUCACCAACAGGGCCCUAGGAAAUAAACGUUGUUGAGCUAAAAACGCACGGGUUAGAAGAGGAAGAAUUUCCUCUCUGCGAGUGAGGGUCAGACGAAUUCCGGGUCGCAGGCGGUUCCAGCGGGCUCGGUUCAGCGUGCACAGCACACAGCCGGGGAUGUCACC